GCCGCCGGGGCCGGACCCCCGGAGAGGCGGAGCCCCCGGCGGCGGCGCGGCCACUGGGCAUGCUCGGCCCGCAGGUUGGCGGCCGCCGCGCGGGGCCGCGCAUGAUGGCGGCGGCGGCGGGGAGCGCGGGCAGCGGCGGCGGCAGCGGCGGCGGCAGCGACACGUCCAGCACCGGCGAGGAGGAGCGCGUGCGGCUCCUCUUCCAGACGUGCGACGGCGAUGGCGACGGCUACAUCAGCAGAAAUGACCUGCUGAUGGCCUGCCGCCAGCUGCAGAUGGAGGAGUCUGUGGCUGAAAUCAUGACCCAGCUGGGCGCCCAGGAGGGCGGGAAGAUCUCCUUUCAGGAUUUUGCACGGUGCCGCAUGCAACUCGCUCGAGAAAUCAGGAGAGAGGAAGUCGACCUUUCUGUGAAAUCAGACAGCUCCUGUGGCAAGCAGCAGCUGAGGGACCGCAUCGCUUCCUGGCCCACAGGCAGCGACCACAGCUUGGGUGCCUUCUCCGUGGCCGGGGAGAGCUGGGAAUACGACUGCGGAGCCAGGGAGCUGCAGAGCCUGGACUUGCAGAGUCAGUCUGCCCUGCAGAAGCCUCUGGAGUGGGGCGGACACCCUGUGCCCCAGCAGGCGGCCUUCCUCAGGCUGCGGGCGCAGGCCCCGCCCUCGCGCGGAAGCUGCGCAGAGCUGGCCAACACGCUCCACCUGGCAGCCCUGGCGUCCCUGAAGGGAGAUAUCGUGGAGCUCAAUAAACGUCUGCAGCAGACGGAGCGGGAGCGGGACCUUCUGGAAAAGAAAUUGGCCAAGGCACAGUGCGAGCAGUCCCACCUCAUGAGGGAGCAUGAGGUCGUCCAGGAGCGCACGACACUGCGGUACGAGGAGCGCAUCACGGAGCUGCACGGCGUCAUUGCCGAGCUCAACAAGAAGAUCGACCGCCUGCAGGGCGCCACCAUCAGGGAGGAGGAUGAGUGCUCGGAACUGCGAUCAGAACUCAGCCAGAGUCAACACGAGGUCAACGAGGACGCUCGGAGCAUGGACCAAGACCAGACCUCCGUCUCCAUCCCCGAAAACCAGUCCACCGUGGUCACCGCUGACGUGGACAAUUGCAGUGACCUGAACUCGGAGCUGCAGAGGGUGCUGACGGGGCUGGAGAACGUGGUGUGCGGCAGGAAGAAGAGCAGCUGCAGCCUGUCGGUGGCCGAGGUGGACAGGCACAUCGAGCAGCUGACCACGGCCAGCGAGCACUGCGACCUGGCUAUUAAGACUGUCGAGGAGAUUGAGGGGGUGCUAGGCCGGGAGCUGUAUCCCAACCUGGCCGAGGAGCGGUGUCGAUGGGAGAAGGAGCUGGCUGGGUUGAGGGAAGAGAAUGAGAGCCUCACUGCCAUGCUGUGCAGCAAGGAAGAGGAGCUGAACCGGACCAAGGCCACCAUGAAUGCCGUCCGGGAGGAGCGGGACCGGCUCCGGAGGAGGGUUCGAGAGCUUCAAACCCGACUGCAGAGCGUGCAGGCCACUGGUCCCUCCAGCCCCGGCCGCCUCACUGCCCCCAACCGCCCUGUGAACCCCAGCACCGGAGAGCUAAGUACCAGCAGCAGCAGCAAUGACAUUCCCAUUGCCAAGAUUGCUGAGAGGGUAAAGCUAUCAAAGACAAGGUCCGAGUCCUCCUCAUCUGACCGGCCGGUCCUGGGCUCAGAAAUCAGCAGCAUAGGGGUCUCCAGCAGUGUGGCUGAGCACCUGGCCCACUCGCUUCAGGACUGCUCCAACAUCCAAGAGAUUUUCCAGACACUCUACUCACACGGCUCUGCCAUCUCUGAAAGCAAGAUUCGAGAGUUUGAGGUGGAAACAGAGCGGCUGAAUAGCCGCAUUGAACACCUCAAAUCCCAAAAUGACCUCCUGACAAUAACGCUGGAAGAAUGUAAAAGCAACGCCGAGAGGAUGAGCAUGCUGGUGGGAAAGUACGAGUCCAACGCCACAGCGCUAAGGCUGGCCCUGCAGUACAGUGAGCAGUGCAUCGAAGCUUACGAGCUGCUCCUGGCGCUGGCCGAGAGUGAGCAGAGCCUGAUCCUGGGACAGUUCCGCGCGGCCGGUGUGGGCUCCUCCCCGGGAGACCAGUCAGGGGAUGAAAACAUUACUCAGAUGCUGAAGCGAGCCCACGACUGCCGGAAGACAGCCGAGAACGCCGCCAAGGCCCUGCUCAUGAAGCUGGAUGGCAGCUGUGGGGGAGCCUUCACUGUGGCUGGCUGCAGCGUGCAGCCCUGGGAGAGCCUGUCCUCCAACAGCCACACCAGCACAACCAGCUCCACGGCCAGCAGCUGCGACACAGAGUUCACCAAGGAGGACGAGCAGAGGCUGAAGGAUUACAUCCAGCAGCUCAGGAACGACCGGGCCGCCGUCAAGCUGACCAUGCUGGAGCUGGAGAGCAUCCACAUCGACCCGCUCAGCUGCGACGUGAAGCCGCGCGGGGACAGCCAGAGGCUGGACCUGGAGAACGCGGUGCUCAUGCAGGAGCUCAUGGCCAUGAAGGAGGAGAUGGCGGAACUCAAGGCCCAGCUCUACCUGCUGGAGAAGGAGAAGAAGGCCCUGGAGCUGAAGCUGAGCACGCGGGAGGCCCAGGAGCAGGCCUACCUGGUGCACAUCGAGCACCUCAAGUCCGAGGUGGAGGAGCAGAAAGAACAGCACACGCGGUCCCUCAGCUCCGGCGGCAGCAGUGGCGGCAGCAAGGAGAAGCCCCCCAAGGAGUGUGCCGAUGCUGCCUCCCCUGCCCUGGCGACGUGCGGCGAGAGCGAGCUGGCUGCCGAGUUCACCAGCGCCCUCCGGCGGGAGAAGAAGCUGAAGGCCAGGGUGCAGGAGCUGGUGAGCGCCUUGGAGAGACUCACCCAGAGCAGCGAGAUCCGGCACCAGCAGUCCGCGGAGUUCGUCAACGACCUGAAGCGCGCCAACAGCAACCUGGUGGCGGCCUACGAGAAGGCGAAGAAGAAGCAUCAGAGCAAGCUCAAGAAGCUGGAGUCGCAGAUGAUGGCCAUGGUGGAGCGGCACGAGACGCAAGUGCGCAUGCUCAAGCAGCGCAUCGCCCUGCUGGAGGAGGAGCACUCGCGGCCGCACACCAACGAGACGUCCCUGUAGGGGCGCCCGGGCGUCCUGCCCGCUCGCUGCCCGCGCGCCUCGGCGGGAGCCGGUGGGCUGCUCCGGGACGCCCCCUCCCAGUCCCUCCCAAGGGCGCGCUGCCUUCCCCCGAGCGCAGCCAGGGCGGGGAAGGACCCGUUCA